CUCGGCGGCCCGCAGUCAGCACAGCGAUCAAGCGAGCACUCAACAGGCACACCAAACGGCAAACAGUCGUAUCACGCGCGUCACGACCGAUCGUGUGCGCGGCAAAACGUCAUUUUUCCGUCGUAUUAUUAAUUGUCUUCGUUUUCGUUUCGUUUACCGACGACGACUGCUUCGUGUAAUCAUCGAUAGUCCCGUCACACCGUGGCACAUUCGAGAUGGGCCGUCCGCUCCCGUGGCUGCCGGUGCUGCCGCCGCCCGCGGCCUUCGCCAACGAGCAGUGGCCGAUGAACGCUUCCAGGCCGGCGCCCGAUAACGCUUACCAGGGGAACGAUGCACUGUGGGCCGGAGAACCGAAAAAAGCGUAUCCGCCGGCCGCGUACCGUCCGGUCCAGGGCGGCGGUUACGUCCUGUGCACGUGCGAAACGGGAGCGUGUGUGCGCAAGUGCUGCCCGCAGAACUGGGCGUACGUGGAAGGGAAAUGCUCGGCGCUCAACGCAUCGCUCGGCGACAAGUUUGCGAUUGAAGAAUUGAUUUAGUUUAAAUUUAAGAUUCCAGAGUUUGUAAAUGAAAACGGGACGACCAGUACUCAUAUGAGACAGGUCAGUUUCAUAUAGUUUAUGGAAAAUUGACGUGUGCUUACAAAAUAUAUCGAUUGAUUCAAUCAUUGCAUGAAAAUGAUAGUUUCCGAAUAACCAAAACGGGUUGGUUACUGAAUGAAUCCGGAGCCACUAUUGCUCAACCGGAUAAAUUUUGUUUGGAUUCAUUUUCCACGGUCAAUUUUCAAACUUUACCAGUGGUUUGUUCUCGGGAAUUCAUGGAAAAUUAAGCAAAGAAACCUACCACAUGUAUAUUAUAUAUUGUGUUCAUUUUUUCUUGAUAUUAAUUGAAACCAAUUACCUAAUGUAAUACCUAUUCAUUUAUAAUAAAACAUACAACAUUACAAUUCGUUUAUAUCUAUGUAAUAUUAAGCCCUGAAUUACAAAUUACAACAUAUUCAAUAUUAAAAAAAAAAUUUUUUGAAUUUAGGUAACAACGGUUUGUCUGUUUAUCUUGUUUUAUCGUCGCA